AUGAAGAAGACAGUGUGUGUAACAGGGGCAUCAGGCUAUAUCGCUACGUGGCUCGUCAAAUUCUUGCUCCUGCGCGGCUACACUGUCAAAGCUUCUGUUCGUAAUACCAAUGAUCCAAAUAAGACUAAACAUUUACUCGCACUUGAUGGCGCAAACGAGAGGCUUCACUUGAUAAAAGCAGACUUACUUGAAGAGGGAUCUUUUGAUGCUGUUGUUGAUGGCUGUGAUGGUGUUUUCCACACUGCUUCCCCAUGUUUCCAUACGACCAGCAAUCCGCAGGAAGACUUGAUUGAUCCUGCAUUAAAGGGGACACUGAAUGUGCUUCGAGCGUGUGCGAAAACACCAUCAGUUAAAAGGGUUGUUCUGACUUCCUCUAUUGUUGCAGUUUUAUUCAAUGGUAAACCUCUGACUCCUGAAGUUGUAGUCGACGAGACUUGGUGGUCUGACCCUGAGUUUUGCAGAGAAGAACAGCAAUGGUAUGCGCUUUCAAAAACGUUGGCGGAGGAUGCUGCAUGGAAGUUUGUGAGAGAGAAAGGUAUUGACAUGAUCGCUAUAAACCCAUCUGCGGUGAUUGGUCCUCUAUUGCAACCAACUCUCAACGCCAGUUGCGCUGCAAUUUUGAACUUGAUCAAUGGUGCAGAAACAUACCCAAACUUAACAUAUGGGUGGGUGAACGUGAAAGAUGUUGCGAAUGCACAUAUUCUGGCAUUUGAGAGUCCUUCGGCCAAUGGAAGGUACUGUCUGGUUGAGAGUGUCAAACACCAUUCAGAAACCGUGAAGAUAAUACGUGAGCUGUACCCCACUCUUCGGCUGCCUGAAAAGUAUGCCGACGACAACCCAUUGAUGCCAACGUACCGAUUCUCGAAAGAAAGAGCAAAGAGCCUUGGUGUCGAAUUCAUUCCUCUCAAAGUGAGCAUUAAGGAAACUGUUGAAAGUUUGAAGGCGAAAAACUUUGUGUAA